GUGCUUUUCAUUCCUCUCUUUUCCUUAUUUCCUUGAUCGAAAACACAUUCUUUCAAUUUCCUUCUAUCAUUCAUUAUCAAAAAUCUUUCUUUCCUCCUUUCUUCCAAUCACUUCAAAAUGCAUUCUCCCAAGUCCCAGGCCAUCCUCAGCCUACUCUUCUCACAAGUCUUCAAAACCUCCGCCUCUCCCUCUCCCGUAAAAGUCCGCGAAGCAUUCGCCCCCGUCCCCUCCAACUUCAACCCCGGAAUCUUCGCCAUCCAACCCAACAACGGCGGCGGUGCCUCCGACGACUGUGGCAAUGGUCCCAUCACUCUCAACCGCACAACAUGGACUUCGCACAACAUGGAUCAACUAAUCAACGACAUGUUCUCUACCGGAAUGUCCGAUCCCAAUUUCGAUUUCCACCAAUCAUUCGGUAAUCGCUACAAUGUAGAUUUUUACUGUCCCAAUAGUUUCGACAACUGUGAUACCACACCCGCAAGUUGUAGCGCAUUGAGCGGAACAACUGCAGAAAAGGAACAAGGUUGGUUGGGAAUCAAAGCCAUGAUGAAUGUACAGCAGAUGUAUCUGCAAUGGGAAAAAGUCAUGAGUAAUUCGCUCGAUACGCUCACGCAAACCAGUGCGGAUUUUCAAUCUAACUUCGCUCCUACUACCCCCGGUGCCAAAAUCGGUGCCAAAAACACAGUGACGGUUAUUUCCGGCGGUCUCGCCGUCGCAGCCGUAAUCGGAACUUGCUGGCUUCCCGGUGCUCUCGCUUUUACACUCCCCGUGCUCGGUACACAAAUCACCGCCGGUGUUCUCACAAUCGGUGCUGGUAUUACCGCAGGAACGGCCAGUCUAGUCGGCACUAUCGCGAAUGAUAUUCAAGAUAGCAAAGAAUCGGAUGAGCUGAGCGUGUUGGAAUUUUCAGACUACCUACCGGUCAUGAAACAAUUGGCGUUGAGCUCGCUUGAGUUUUCUCACAAUGGGACGUUCUCGAAUGGUCAGGUGAAUGGAAAUAGCGUGGGGACUUUAAAAGAUCUCCUCACAGGCGGUGCAUUCGCCGGCGACGAAGUCCUACAAGCCUACGUUGGUGGCGAAGACGGACUCGACGGACUUUUCUCUCGCUAUGCAGCUAUCAAACUCCUUCAAGCAUACUGGGAAGCGCAAAAUGCAUUUUUCAUCUACAUUCCGGAUGUUGUCAAAGAUUGCUCUGGAUGGCACGGUAAUACCGGAGGAAAAAAAGCCGGGGAUCCCAGACGAUUUUGCGGUGAAAAGGGUAUGAUGAUUUUAGGAGGCGUGGACAACAAUUCCAAGUUUUCUGCUCCGACGGGUAUUGAUAAUGGGAAAGUUGCUUCUAUUGGAGGAUUUAACAUUCAACUCCCACAACUCUACGCCAGCACCUACAACAUGUACACCGGCCACGGUCUCGACGCCUACAAAGACAUCACGUGGCACAUGAACAACAUCGCGCACGAAUACGUCGGUAACAACGAUGCCAACAAAGCCUACACGACUGCUGGUUUUUUCACCUUGCCCGUGUGUGAAUUGAAAGGUUGGAAUUGGAAACAGAGUGAUGAGAUGCAUAAGAAUCCUCCUUGUGAUUGCUCAUGUGCUCAAGAUGCGUGGGGCCAUAAAUUCCUGGAUUACGCUUCUCAACCCAUCAAAGAUUGGUUGAAGAAUUGCCCACCUUGUUCUUAGGAAUCAUUAUGCAUCAUGGAUCUUCAUAAUCGGAUCUUGUGAGAACUCUAAUGGUUCGGAAAAAAAAAGUACAGUAGUUGAGGUUUAUCUUUUCAGGUGUGGGACAAGAGGAGCGUUAGAAGUUUUGGAGCAAUGGAGCGAUGGAUUGAUAGAUAGAUUGUGGGUUUAAGGUUUUUGCAUUUCGCUUUCCGUAUUUUGUCUGUCAUUACAGAAUUCUUUUUGUCUAUUCGAAGCAUAGCUAUUUUCUCUCGCGUUACUUUGUUUCAUUAUUGAUUUUGUUCCAGAUUUAUCGCAAUGUUUAGCGCGAAUCACAUGCACGUACAAUACAAUCAGUGAAUUAUUCUUUUCA